AUGAGAAUGGUGAGAAGUUUUUUGGAAGAGAGAGAGAUAGAAGUAGAGGGGAGUGAGUGGGUGAUGGAGAAGGGAUGUCCACAGGGGUCGAGCCUUGGCCCGAUACUGUGGCUGAUGGUAAUGGAGGAUUGGUUUGGCAGUAUGAGGAGAGUGAGAGAAAGGGGAGUGACGGCACAGGCGUACGCCGACGACCAGAUAAUUGUGGUGUCGGGUACGUCUGUGAGAAGAGUGGAAAGGGAAUGGGAGAACGUAUGGAGAGAAUGUGAAGAAUGGGCGGAGGAGAAUAAGUUAAAGUAUAAUAAGGAGAAAACGGAGGUGAUGUUUGUCGGAGCGAGGGAAAAUGUGAGAGAACCGGUGGUAAGAAUGAGGGAACUGAGGUUAGAGAAUAAAGAGAAAGUAAAAUAUUUGGGAAUUGUGAUAGAUAGAAGGAGACUGUGGAUAGAUCACGUGAAAGAGGUGAGAAGGAAGGCAAGUGGAAUGGGAGGUAAGUUUAUAGGAUUGGCAAGGAGGAAGUGGGGGAAGAAAUGGAAUGUGAUGAGAACGUUGUAUGAGAAGGCAGUGUGUGCGAUGGUGUUAUACGGAGUAAGUGUAUGGGGAGUGAAAGCGAAUGAUAGUAGAAUAAAGAAGCAGUUGAGGGCAACAGAAAGGCCAUUUCUGAGAGCCAUCACCUCGGCGUAUGCUACUGCGCCCACGGCGGCGUUGUGCGUGCUGACGGGGUGUGUACCGUUGGAAAUUAGGGCGGGGACGAGGUAUGAGAGCGAGAGGGUGUGGAGAGAACGAAUGGAAGCAGAGAGAGUGAUAUUGGGAGACAGACCACAUCCGGCCUUCAGAGGAUGGCGGAUGGAAGGGGGCGGACAGGUCGGUGAAGGGAGAAUUUUGAGGAUAUGGGUAGACGGAGUGAUGAGAGAUGAGGAAAGGAAGGGGUAUGGUUGCGUAACAUUGAGAGGGGGAGAAUGGCUGGAUAGGGAAUUGGCGGUGAAGGAAGAAGUGAGAUGGGGAAGAGAAAUGGCGGGAGAGAAUGAAGAAGUGAGAGUAUACACGGACUCGAAGGAGACAGUGAGAAUGAUCGAAAGUUUUUUGCCUCGAAGGAAAGGGGUGAACGAGAUACAGAAAGAGUUGGUAGAAAGUUUGGGAAUGGGAGUGAGGACGGUAGUAGAGUGGCAGAGAAGGAAAAGUAGAGGAAAUAGGAAGGUGGAGGAGAGAGUGAGAAGGGAUAUUAGAAUGGUGCACGAUAGAGAGGAAAGGAACAUAGUGAGGAAGAAGGACAAGAGAGAGUGGAUAAUGAGGGAGGAGAUGAGAAGGUGGCAGGAAGAGUGGGAUAGAGGGGUGACGGGAAGAUGGACGCAUGAGUGGCUUCCUCGGGUUGACCGGGAGGGGAUCCGAACGGGUCAUAGGUUGACUCAGAUGUUAACUGGACACGGGAACUUCGCGGUCAGCCUGAGGAGGUUCGGAAGAAGACAGGGAGGGGUGGAGUGUGAGUGUGGAAGAGGGGAUGAGAGUGCAGAACAUAUAGUAAGAGAGUGUGAAAGGGAAGUUUGCGUGAGGGAGAGAGAAAGAUUUAGAGAAGAGCAUGGAGAGUGUCCGCCUCUGGAACUGCAGAGGACGGCAGAUUAUAUAGAGGCGUUGAAUAGAUGGGAGGAAGUGGUGCCGGAAGUGGACAGAGGAGAUGAGAGGAUGUAA